UGAUAUUUCCAUGAAGACUUAUAAAUCAUAUAUGCAGGUCCCGGGGACUUUGCGGAUUUUACUAAAUCUAAACCCGGCCGGUAUCCAGGCUUAGUUAACUCUAUGUCCUGGUGUAUGUAUCAAUCAUGGUAUAAAAAAGGUCGUGGUGUUUCUUUCUAGCUUGAAGAAGAUAACUACAUGCAUAGAGCUCAGCAUAGUGCUUUGGUCAUAGCCACGUACCUAGUUAUUCAGUUUCGAUAUCACUUCUUCAUCCGCAUCAUGCAACCCUUCAAAGUCUACAACGGCCCGCACGGGCAAGGGCCGAACCCGUGGAAAGUGCUGAUCGUGCUCGAGGAGCUCGGGCUGCCCUGGGAGAUCGUCUGGAUCCCCUACGGCGAGAUCAAGUCCGAGCCGUACACGUCGCUCAACCCCAACGGGAAGCUGCCGGCCUUCAUCGAUCCCAACAACAACCAGCCGGAAGGCAUCACGCUUUUCGAAACGGGAGCGAUUAUUAAUUAUCUCAUUGCGACUUACGAUACAGAGUUGAAGCUCACGUACGGGGAUGGCAGAGUGCAGGAGAAGUGGCUGCUGCAGAGCUGGCUCAUGCUCCAGAUGAGCGGGCAGGGACCGAUGUUCGGGCAGAAGAUGUGGUUCACGCACGUGCACAAAGAGCGAAACCUAGAAUCCGUGCUCGAGCGGUACGGGAGCGAGGUGAAGCGGAUCAUGGGCGUGGUGAGCGGGACGCUCCGCAAGCAGCGGGAGAAGCUAGGAGGCGAGGGGGCUGAGGACGCGGAGGUCUGGCUCGUGGGCGACAAGUGUACGUACGCGGACCUCGCGUUCGCGGCGUGGAACCCGCUGCUCGUCACCCUGUUCCCCGAGCUGCCCGCCGACUGGGUCGAGAAGGAGUUCCCUGAGUAUUAUCGCUGGAACGCGAGUAUGCUGAGGCGGGAGGGGACGAGGAAGGUGUUGGAGUAUAGAGAGGAGUGUAUACGUACGAUGAGGGAUACGGGGAUACAGGUCGUGCAGAGACAGAAGGACGCCGGGCAGAUCCCGGAGUAUAGGCAGUCUAUGGGGGUAGGAAAGUCAUGAUAUUGAAGGGGUAUUCUGUUUUGUGUGUGUGCAAGUACUAUGUAGUGUAUGUACAUAUGUAGGUAGAUAACUACUACAUACAUGUAUGUAGUUAUGCUGGGAACACAGAGUGUUACAUACCCCUUUUUAUCGCAUGUGACAGUGACGUCAGUCAUGAGCUUACCGCUUUUUGCUUCUUGAUAUUAAAUCGGUACUUCGACUUCAACAUGGCAUUGAACUUCUUAACAGCGCAACUAAAUUAUAUACUUGGGUGAGGAUAUAUCCUCGAUAAAGA